AUGGCGACGAAACCGUCGCCGACUAAUGGCAGCGACAAGACAAGGACUCCAGUAGGUGUCUCCGUAGGUAGCAGACUGGGGGUAACCGGCGCUAAACCGUCGGCAGCAGUAGUAGCGAAGGGUGGAUCAUUCAUACGCGGCGGAAUCGCCAGCACUAGCAGGGGAACCUCAGCUAGAAUUAUGAAAGGAUCCACAGGGAAUAAGAGCAAGGCAGCUUUAGCUAGAAAGCUAAAGUCUGACCGCCGAUUGGCGGCCAAAAUCUUGGAGCGCUACGGUGACAAGCAUGCUGGUCAGGUGUCUGAGCAGCAUGCUAGUACGCUUGAGUGGGCCAAGAAAGUGCUGAGCGAGGACGAUAGGGUAGAACUGAAAACCAGCAGGACAGAACCGGCGGUCAAGCGGCAGAGGUCGCAUGAGGGAGAAACCUCCCUUGUUAAGAAACCACGGACAGGAAAAGCGCCAACCUUCAGCGAAAUCGCUAAAGGUGCUGGGGCCAGAAUACUGGGGGUGCUUGACCGCAGUAGAGAGGACGGUGCCAUCUCCCAUGAUGAAUGGAAGAGGGUAGCAGCGGCUAUCUCAUCGGUCUUCCUGAGGGUGGUUAAGGAAAACCCGGGGCCACCCCCGAAAUGUGUGAGUGCCGGUUGGCACCAGGGGCUACAUAAGCUCACUUGUUGUGCUGAUGAGAGAUCGGCCAUCUUGUACAAGAAGGCAGUCUCUCAGGUGGGGGAGGUCUGGAAAGAUGCCAGACUGGAGGCCGUGGCCAAGGAGGAUCUUCCCCUUCGUCCCAGGGCUCGAGUCUGGCUGCCGGCCGAACCUUCCACUCCGAGUGAGAUUGAGGAAAUCCUCAAAUAUUGCAAUCCCUCACUUCCAGCGCAGGACUGGAAAGUCUUAUGGCUGGAGAGGACUGAUGAACCGUAUCGGCAAGCGCUGAUAAUGCUAAACACGGAAUCCAUCGGACCUCUCAGCAAAACAAAGGGAGCCAUAAGCUAUGGUUUUGAGAUGGUAGUGCUGAAAGUACUUCCAUCUGAUGCCAGGGCUGAUGGCCCCCAAGCUGCGGUGCCUGCGGUGGAGGUCAAAUGA